GUGUCAAGUAAACGUCAACAAAUUACAGUAAAAGUAAAAAGUUGUUGUGUUGAUAAAGUUCUUUCUAUUUUACAAAUUAAACAUUAUCAAAUGUUAGUCUAGAUUACCGUGAAAUCAAAUGUAAUUUAUACAUUAAAUGAACUAUCGGUAUAUUGUCACCACGUCACGCUUGCGCUAUUAGUGACUUGUGAAAAAAGUACGAGAGUUGUGCAAGUUUCUCUGAUCGUUUUUUGGUCUUCUCGUCAAAACGGCAGGACGAAGCAACAUGCGGCGGGCACAGGCCUCCUACCAGUAUCAGCCGCUACCCAGAGUAGCUACAGACGAUGUACUGGAGCACGAGAACGAGCGAAUGGCCGAGGAGCUGAGUGGGAAAAUCUCCACACUCAAACAUAUGUCUAUAGAAAUCGGCAAUGAAGUGCGGUACCAAGACAAGAUACUGCGGUCUCUGGACGACGACGUGGACCGCAGCUCUGGCUUCCUCGGACGCACCAUGGGCAGAGUUCUGAAGCUCGGAAAAGGAAACCACAACUACUAUAUUUUCUACCUGUUUCUGUUCUCAAUCUUUGUGUUCUUUUUGCUUUAUAUUGUACUGAAAUUUAGGUGAUCUAUAACUGGGGUUCUGAGUCUGUAUACAUUGCCAACAUGCCCUUAUUCCAAAAUGUUAUUUAUUUACCAUAAUAUUUGUAAAGUGAUGUAAUAUGUAUGUUGUAAAUAAAUCCUUGUUCCAAUACCAA